UUGAAAAGCUACAAUGUAUAGCAUGUGAUGAAUUGUGAGAUUAGGACAAGUUCGAAAGACACGCGUAAGUAUUUUGAUGAUUUUAGAAACUAUAAAGGUGACGCAAUUGGUAGUAAAAUUUAUGAAAUUAAUUUGAAGUCCAUAUGGCAAACCUUUCAAAUUUGAAGGAUGUUGUUGAGUUAGAAGAAGAUGAAGAAGAAGAUGAAUUUGAAAGCUUCUCGUAUGCUAUGCAGCUUAGUACCUCUAUUACGCUUUCGAUGGCACUUCAAACCGCUGCUGAGAUUGGGAUAUUUGAUGUGUUGCAAAAAGCAGGUAAAGGUGCUCCACUCUCUGCCCACGAUAUUGUUUCGCGUAUUUCCUUUAACAAUAUCAAUAAUCCAGAAGAAGCUGCUAGAAUGUUAGAUCGAAUUCUUGCUCUUCUUACCUCUCACUCUAUCCUCAACUGUUCUAUCCUUCAAGAUCAACAAAAACUUGGAUACACUAUGGCUCCUGUUGCUAGAUUCUUUGCUCCUAAUUCUGAUGGUGUUUCACUUGCUCCUUUGUUAGCAUUAACUAAUGAUAAAAUAUAUUUAGAUGUCUGGUCGCAGUUUAAUGAUGCAAUUCGGGAAGGGGGUAAUUCAUUCAAGAUGGUUCAUGGGGCAGAUAUAUUUGAGUAUUGUAGGUUGGACUCGAGGUUCAAUAAAGUAUUCAAUAGAGCGAUGAUGAAUCACAGCACUAUAGUUAUGAAGAAGGUUCUUGAAUGCUACAAAGGUUUUGAGGAGGUAAAAAGAGUUGUAGAUGUUGGUGGAGGUGUUGGGAUGAGCAUUAACAUGAUAACUUCAAAGUACCCUCAUAUAAAGGGUAUCAAUUUCGACUUGCCUCAUGUCAUACAACAUGCCCCUUCCUAUCCCGGAGUGGAGCACAUUGGUGGAGAUAUGUUUCAAAGUGUGCCCAAUGGAGAUGUCGUCUUUAUGAAGGUCAGGGGCUAGAGGAACAAAUAACCUCUAUAAAAAUUAUAUAAAUUAGAACUUAAGAUUCUACUGUUAAUAUGUGUUAAAUAAUCAAAUUACUGUGAGUUAUUAUGGGAUGAAGAAAAUAUAAAUAAUAAGUAUAAAAAAAGUUCAAUUAUAUUGUUCAACAAAUAGUUUUUUAUUUAAAGUUCUAUAUAACCAAUUAAUUA